AGACGUGCCGCUUAAGUUUGUGUUCGUCCAAUCAGCUGCCGCGCGAGGCGGGAAGAUCGUCCCGCAGAACGAGCGACUCUAAAUUCAACCGUUGCGAACGCGUCGCGAGCGCUGGUUUCUUAUUUUUGUUAAUGAAAACACUGAUUUAAGACGGUGUUUGAGCGCGUGAGUUCACUGUGAAACGGCACCUACACCCACGACGAGCACACGAACCGAAAAGAGACAAACUCAGCAGAUGAUAUCAGUCCUCUAACUAAGAGCUAACUACUUAGCCUGAAGCAUGCCCAAUUUUUGCGCGGCCCCAAACUGUACACGGAAAAGUACACAGUCAGAUCUGGCGUUUUUUAGGUUUCCACGGGACCCAGAGAGAUGCCGUAUCUGGGUAGAGAACUGCCGCAGGGCAGAUCUAGAGGCGAAAACAUCAGACCAGUUGAACAAGCACUACAGAUUAUGUGCCAAACACUUUGACCCAGCUAUGGUGUGCAAAACAAGCCCCUACAGGACGGUAUUGAAGGAUACAGCCAUUCCAACUAUAUUUGACCUGACGAGCCAUCUAAGAAAUCCUCAUACGAGACAUCGCAAGCGGAUUAAAGAACUUACUGAAGAAGACCUAAAGAAGAUUAAAGAAAGACGAUUGGCGUCUUCUAUUGAACAGCUUAAUACCAAGAAAGAUGCAGCAGUUGAGGAUAGCACAAGCACCAAUGAGGAUGAACCUCAACUGUCCACAGAGGAGAAGGCGUAUCGUGAAUACCUGAGAUCCUUGUUCGAAGUUUUGGUCAUGUUAGGAAAACAGAGUAUCCCAUUAGUGGCCGACAAAGUAUCUGAGGAUGAACACAUGACCAACAACUUCCAGGCUUUUCUAGAUUACCGCAUGAAUGCUGGAGAUGAAGCACUGAAGAAGAGGUUUGAGGCGACAGCUGUGAACACAGAAUACCUCUCUGCAACCCAGCAGAGCCAGCUCCUGGACAUCUGUGAGAACACAGUGAGGGAGGAGAUGCUAAUGGAGGUGAGAGAGAGUCGCUUCUUCUCCCUAGUGACGGGCGACCUUGUUGAAUUCGGCAAUGAGAAACACCUGCCUCUAUUUUUACGCUUUGUGAAUCAGCAGAACGUCCUUCGAGAGGAGUUUCUGGACUUCAUGUUGUUUGACGGUAACGAGUCGGAACUGGUAGAAAGGCUGGAGGCCCAGCUGACUGACCGUUGCGGGCUUAGCAUGGAGGACUGCCGUGGUCAGGCUCACAAGGCCACCGGCACCUCCACCACCAAGAUGAAAGCUGUGGCAUUAUUACUGUUGGAGAAGUAUCCCCUGGCGUUGCACAUGCCCUGCUCUCAUUUGGCACUGAAUAUCCACCUGGCCAACAAUCUGCCUUUUCCCAAUGUUCAGGUCGUCAUGGAGACUCUGAGAAGAGUCGGUGCUUUCUUUAGGACCCCGUUUACUCAAGAUGAGCUGGAGAAAGCUAUCACUACUAACUACCAGAAAAAUGAAGAGAAAGCAACAGCGCUGAAACAGGCCUGUAGCUCCCGAUGGACAGAGCAGCACAAUGUCUUUGACGUGCUGCUAGAUAUAUUGCCGCCGCUGCUGCUGUGCCUGGACAGCAUCCGUGACAACGAUGAUGGAAAGUUCCCUGAAGCUGCCACGGCGGAUGCGUAUUCGAUCGCGGAAACUCUGGCUGACUUUGAGAUCAUCGUCACCAUCGUUAUCUUAAAGAACGUUCUCACAUUCACCAGAGCCUUCGGGAGGAAUCUCCAAGGAGAGACUCUCGAUGUGUUUUUUGCUGCCAACAGUCUAACUGCUGUUCUGCAUUCACUCAACGAGGUCAAUGAUAACAUUGACGUCUACCACGAGUUCUGGUAUGAGGAGGCUGUGAAUGUGGCAGACGUCAUGGACAUUCCCGUGAAGGUCCCGAGGCUGUUUCUCCGCAAACAGCGUGCAGCCGAUAUGGGUGAAAUCCAAGAGGAGGCGUAUUUUAAGGAGUAUGUAACCAUCCCUGUUAUCCACGGCAUCAUGCAGGAGGUGGAGGACAUGUUCUCUGAAACCAACCUCAAAGCUCUCAAGUGCCUGUCACUGGUCCCAGCUGUCAUGGGCCAAAUGAAAUUCAACACCACCGAGGAGAACUAUGCAGACGUUUACCGCAAUGACCUCCCCAACCCGGACACACUUCCCGCAGAGCUUCACUGCUGGAGAAUCAAGUGGAAGCACCGAGGCAAAGAGGUCCGCCUGCCCACCACCAUCCACGAAACCCUUCAGCUGCCAGACGUCAAGUUCUUUCCCAACGUCAACUCGUUCCUCAAGGUGCUCUCGACCUUGCCCGUGCUGAAACUAGAGGACAACACGAGUGACACGGCGAGUGAACGACUGCAGGUUUAUCUCGACAGCAUGCCAGCUAAGCAGUGGAACAAAAGUCUCGCAAUGCUCAACAUUAACACUCACGUCAAACACGACCUGGACGUCAUGGUGGACAAAUAUUGCAGACUGUAUCCAGAGGAUGACACUGAAACCGAGGCUGAAGCUGAAGCUGAAGCUGAGGCUGAGGCUGAGGAAGUGGCCGAGGAAGACGUGAUGAAAUGAGACUGAGUUAGCUGCUCUAACGUCCUCUGUUAUCCCCCAUUUAUGUUUGUGUGUUCAUUUUAAUACAAAUCUAAAGAAGUGAUGGAUACAUUUGUGUUCAGCCCCCGAGAUUCCCAAGAAAAAAAAGGACUUGUUCUUACUCUAUGCCAUAAAAAUGUUGGAGCGAUGCGUUGCAGGUUAACAUUGCAUUGUAAAUAAGUAAACGCGGCAGGUCUGAAACAUUAAGACUCUGUACCUCAUGGAGAACGUGUCUAGAAAUGUAAGGCAGCAGGUUUGAUCUGUAAAUAUUAAAAGUCCUGAGUCUUUGU